AUGAAGAGUUUGGUGGUGAUGAAGAUGUGUGUGAUGAAGAGUUUGGUGGUGAUGAAGAGUUUGGUGGUGAUGAAGAGUUUGGUGGUGAUGAAGAGUAGUGUGGUGAUGAAGAGUUUGGUGGUGAUGAAGAGUUUGUUGGUGAUGAAGAGUUGUGUGGUGAUGAAGAGUUUGGUGGUGAUGAAGAGUUUGUUGGUGAUGAAGAGUUUGGUGGUGAUGAAGAGUUUGGUGGUGAUGAAGAGUUGUGUGGUGAUGAAGAGUAGUGUGGUGAUGAAGAGUUUGGUGGUGAUGAAGAGUAGUGUGGUGAUGAAGAGUUUGGUGGUGAUGAAGAGUUUUGGUGGUGAUGAAGAGUUUGUGGUGAUGAAGAGUUUGUUGGUGAUGAAGAGUUUGUUGGUGAUGAAGAGUAGUGUGGUGAUGAAGAGUUUGGUGGUGAUGAAGAGUUGUGUGGUGAUGAAGAGUUUUGUGGAGUUUGUGGUGAGUGUGGUGAUGAAGAGUAGUGUGGUGAUGAAGAGUUGUGUGGUGAUGAAGAGUUUGUUGGUGAUGAAGAGUUUGUUGGUGAUGAAGAGUUUGUUGGUGAUGAAGAGUAGUGUGGUGAUGAAGAGUUGUGUGGUGAUGAAGAGUUUGGUGGUGAUGAAGAGUUUGGUGGUGAUGAAGAGUUUGGUGGUGAUGAAGAGUUACAAAGGUUUGGGGGAGACCGAGGUCCCGUCGGUGGCUGUGACCAAAGGCCCCAAAGGUGGAGGUCUGGAGGCGGUGGAGGUGGAGCCGGACGCCUACGACGCUCCUGCAGACCUCUCCUCUGACGAAGACUACCUGAGCGUGGAGGAGGCGGACUCUUCCCGCGGCGCUCGCAUCAAGAAGUCCAUGGCUAAGAGCACGGAGACCCUGAAGGCGGCCUUCUCCAAAGAGAACAUGUCCAAGACCAAGGACAGCCUGGGCACCAAGUUCCACAGCCUGGGGGAGAGGGUGAUGCCUCCGGAGCGCAGGGAGAGGAUGCACCAGGCUGGGGAGCGCCUCAAACAGUCCGGAGAGAGGCUCAAGGACAACAUCGCCAAGAAGGCCCCGACCAAGGAGAGCUUCAGGAUCAAGAUGAAGAAGGAGAGAGCGGUCGCCGAGGGGCAGGAGGGAGCGGAGGCCGAGGCAGAAGCUCAACCUGCGGACGUCACCUACAGCGAGGUGACCAGCGAGGCCCGGAAGGACGAGGCCCGGAAGGACGAGGCCCGGCAGGACGAGGCCCGGAAGGACGAGGCCCGGACACCAGCCGACACCAAGACGAGAGAGAACCUUCCACCAGCUUCUACGAACAACGGCCCCAACGGCCCCAACGGCCCCAACGGCCCCAACAACCCCAACGGCCCCAACGGUCCCAACGGCCCCAACAACCCCAACGGCCCCAACGGUCCCAACGGCCCCAACAACCCCAACGGCCCCAACGGUCCCAACACAAAUCAUAUAUUUCUCUGGCUGCUCCUGACUCAGAGCAAAAGGACUGUGGAAGACUCGCUUCAGCCAACGUCGUCUGAAAUCGCCGUCUGCAGAACUCAAAGGGUCAUGUUGUGGUGGAGCUGUUGGUUUGGUUUGCACUGA